GGUUAUAGUGCCUGAACCUCCACACACACUCUCUCUUUCUCAUGCCAAUGAGUCCUUUCAAAACACCCCACGUACAUUGUGAUCAAGAAGGAAAUGCCCAACAAACUGCAACAAGAAGAUUCCCACCACCAAAGAAAUGUUUCUGCUGUGAGAAGCACCUAUAUAAACCUAUUGCCUGCCUACAACAAAAACCAGUGCCGUGCCUCUUCUUUGAGCUGCACUCUACAUUAAUCAUUCUCCCUCUUUAGAUUUCCUUUCUAAUUUAGGAUCAGAAUCCAUUUUAACAUACUAUAUCAAUUCUCUCUCACUUUGCAUAAAUGGUAAUUAAGUGUGCUAAAAUGGAAUUCUCCAAUACAUCAUUUGAUGAUUCAAACAUAUCUGAAGAAAGAGAAGUAGGAGGGAGAAUAGACAAAAGGAAGAAAAUUGAGGGUGCAGAUGAAAAAUACAAAUCCAAGAACCUUAACGCUGAGAGAAACAGGCGUCAGAAACUUAGUGAAAGGCUUCUUCAAUUGCGCUCAUUGGUCCCAAAUAUUACAAAUAUGACAAAAGAAACCAUAAUCACUGAUGCAAUCACUUACAUUAGGGAGCUACAAAUGAAUGUGGACAACUUAAGUGAGCAGCUUCUAAAAAUGGAGGCAACUCAUGGAGAGGAAUUGGAGACAAAAAACGAAGAGAUUAUUGAUACUGCAGAGGAGAUGGGUAAAUGGGGCAUAGAGCCUGAAGUUCAAGUGGCUCACAUUGGUCCAACUAAGCUUUGGAUAAAGAUAGUCUGCCAGAAGAAAAGAGGUGGAUUUACUAAACUGAUGGAGGCAAUGAAUGUUCUUGGAUUUGAUCUUAAUGACACCAGUGUCACUGCCUCUAAAGGAGCUCUUCUUGUUACUUCAUCUGUUGAGGUGGUUCGCGGUGGAAUAACUGAUGCUCAUCAAAUCAGAGAUAUCUUGCUGGAGAUCAUCCGCGGAAUCUAUUAGAAACUAGCACUGCAUGAGUCCCUAAUUAAUCAAAUAGAUUUUGAGAUCCCCUAAUAGUAUUAAUCUCAUUCUAGUGCUCUAUUACCAAUAUUAUAUCCUAACGGGAAAAUUUUUGGAGAAAUGUCAAGAUUGCCUGUAGUUUCUAGUUAUGGAUGUCAAAAGGAUUCGAUCUUGCUUUCCAUCACCGAAAGAUGAUAAUCCAUUGGAUCCUAAUUGUCUGAAAAGAGCUUGUGUGCACUCUUUUUUUUUUUUUUUUUUUUUUUCAAAUAUUGCUGAAGCAACAUAUCAUAGGUUACUAAUUACUUUAAUUCUCCUAUCUUGAAUCUAUCGCUUUUCCGUUUUCAUGCAGUCAAGUUUGACUUAAUGUGCUUUUGAAUUGAAUCUUAAUGGUGGGAUCCAGACUCCAUAUCCUUUGGUUUCUAUAUAUGAAACAUUGAAUAGCAUUUUUGGUCACUUUCAGCUCAAGAAACAGUUAAAAUAAUAAACUCAGCAAAGUGUCAAUUGGGUUCGAAUAAGAUUUUGAACAAACACCAAAAUUAGGCGUGUGAAGAGUGACAUUUAUGGCAAACCUUCUACCUAUAAUAUAGGAAGACAGUUGUUCCACUGUGUUUCUUGUUUUCUUCUCUGUUCUUUGACCAUUGUCGUGCUAAAAGAAACUGCCAAAAAUAAACCUGCCUCAAGCAUCACCUGCCCCUGUUAAAACUAUCUCCAAGACUCCAACAGGUCCAAGAAUCCAAAAAAGACUACUUGGAAAUCCGAAUUACACGUUAAAUUUUCAAAAUUUAAGACCGUCAUGGGAAGCAUACCUACCCUUCUUAUACUAUUAAGACGAACAACAAUCUCUCAAGGCUGUCUUCCUCUAUAUUAAUAGGAUUAAAGGCGUGCACAAUUGGAUCAAUAUUCAUAUUUCCCAUGGCUAGGCCAAGAUUUCUCCUCAUUUGCCUAGUUAUAGCUCAAUUAUUCUUGUUGAUGCAAAAUGCUAACGCUGUUAGAAGAUUAGACACAUUGACAUUAGUCCCAAGUCCAUCGCCGGUUGAAGGAAAAGAUGAUCAAACUCCAAUAGUCACACAUAUAAGGACUCAUCACUCUUUCAACAAGUCCAUGGCUGGUGGCGACUUCAUACUUGGAGGAUUUGCCACUGCCCUUAUUGCUUCCAUUUUUUGUUACAUUCGAGUCACACGAAGAGGAAACCAACAUAGUCAGGGUUGAGGCACAGUAUUUUUAAUUCUGUACUCCUUUUGGUUUCCAAUUCCGAUAUAUAUAUAUAAAUACAUAUACAGAGUUAAAUGUUAAGGUGCAUCUGAUCUACUCAAAUAUAUGACAAGUGUUUGCUCAUUUUAGAUGGCUGGAUAAUGUAUUUUGUUCCUCACACCUGCUUUUCUGCACCUAUUCUUCUACCAAUGUAACUUUUAUAUAAAAACUUAGUAUUCGUAUGUGCAUUGUUUCUCACUUUCACAAAGUUAUAGUGUCUUUGUUUCUUCACAUUUAUCAGUAAAAGACCUUAAUCUCUGCUUCAUGAAUCCAGAGAGAAAACCAGCAUAAUA